AUGAGUGAUCCAUACGAUUGGCCAUUCCCAAGUAGGAAAGAUUUAAUGUACUUAUCCUCAAUAAGUAUAAACUCUAUAUCAUAAUUUAGAUAAACGAGAUGUAGGCACUGUUAGACCUGAUAAGUUAACAGGAUAAGAUUUUAAUCUAUAAACUAAAGACAUUGAUGGUAACUGAAUUUUCAAAGUAGGUGCGUCUCCAUGUAUGAAGCCAUAUAAAUUUACUAAUAAACCAGACUUUACGAAUACGACUGAUGAUAUUGCAGGCACUCGUUCUAAGGUAUUGAUCCCAUAAAUUGGAAGAGAUGUAUAUUAUUUUGAUUAUUUGGAAGGGAUUCUCUCUGAACAAUCGUGAUAUCAAAGGUGCUUAUCCAUAAUUAAAUAAAUUCCAAACAACAAGACCUCCAACCAAUCCUGUAGAUCCUGUGUAUAUUCUACCGAAAGCUGUUCCUGUAGAACCUUUGCAACCGAAAUUCAUUAGAGAUCAAAUCAAUAUUGAUGUACAGCGAAUAAUAAUGAAAAGGACAUUCCAGGAACCAAACCCAAUCCUCCAGCAGCUAAAUUGAGAAAAACUGUUCACAUUUUUGAUGAAGUAGACGGGGCUAAAUCAAAACCUGCCUUCAUGCCCAGAGAUCAUAUGGAGAUUAUGGAUGUUAAAGACAUCAAUGAGUAUAGAGUAUUUAAAUCAUCCCGUGUGACAAACCCACUAGAACCUGAAUAUCAAUUAAAAGAUGUUGAAGGAUAACCAGCUAAUUCAAAAUAUGGGUUUGUGGGUGGAAGUAAGAGCAGAGUCUUGCAUCCAUAAAUCAAUUACAACACUAAGAAUUUAGAAACAAAGGACAUUGAAGGAUGUCAUGUUGGAGCUAUAAGUGAUCAUUUCUUGAUGAGACAAAAGAGAUCUCAAUUUAGAGCCAUCAAUGACACUAAAGAUGUACCUGGGGCUUAGGUGGGCACUCUCAGAAAAGGGUUACUUAAUCAUAGAGGCACUAAUCCGUUGACUCCUGAAUAUCAACUAUUGGGAAGAAAUGAGAUUUAUAAUCAAAAUAUGCCUCGUACAGCAUUUGAAGGCACUCGUUAGAAUCAAGGAGGUGAAAAACCAAAAACUUAAUAGUCAUUAAGAUCAAAUUCUUUAAAUAAAAUUGAAUAACCAUUAUCCACAGCCUAAAAAUUUGAUUAGUUUAUAAAGAAAUGA